AGAGCUUUCAAAAUCUGUGCUGCUCCUUUAAGAAUUCAAAGCCAGCGCUUCGUAUCCUAGGAGAUGUUUUGUUUACUUCCGGGUUAUCACUGUAGAGAACAUCAACACGCCCAAAACACUGAGCAAAGCGGAUUAAAGUCCCGCAGAGAUGGCAGAGGAGUCUGAAGACGAAAUACCUGAAUCAGGAGCAGUUUUCACAUUUGGAAAGAGCAAGUUUGCAGACAACAUCCCCAGUAAGUUCUGGCUUAAAAAUGAUGUACCUCACAGGAUCGCCUGUGGGGACGAACACACCGCCUUAAUCACAGAAAACAGGAAGCUCUUCAUGUUUGGCAGCAACAACUGGGGUCAGCUGGGCCUGGGCUCCAAGCACACUGUGCAUAAACCCACCUGUGUCAAAGCUCUGAAGUCUGAAAAGGUCCAUCUGGUGGCAUGCGGACGGAACCACACUCUGAUCAGCACCGAGCGGGGACACGUGUACGCCUGCGGUGGGAACGGCGAAGGUCAGCUAGGGCUCGGCGACUUCGAGGAGCGGACCACCUUCCAGAGAAUCAAGUUCUUCGACUCGCAGGGACCAAUCAGGAUGCUCGCUGCGGGUUCUAACACCUCAGCUGCUCUCACAGCGAGCGGGAAGCUGUUCAUGUGGGGCGAGAACACGGAGGGUCAGAUCGGUUUGGGGAAGGCGAGCCAGGCGUCCUCGCCACAGGAAGUCAGUGUGGGUCGUCCCAUCAGCUGGGUGUCCUGUGGAUACUACCACUCAGCUCUGGUGACGGCGGACGGAGCUCUGUACACGUUCGGGGAGCGGGACAGCGGGAAGCUGGGUCUGGGCACGGAGCAGCUGUCCGGACACAGAGUUCCUCAGCGGGUGAGGAGCAUCAAGGAUCCGGUGAAGCAGGUGGCCUGUGGUGGAGGACACACUGUGGCUCUAACAGAGGACGAUGUCUACUCGUUUGGACUCGGCCAGUUCGGACAGCUCGGUCACGGGACGUUUAUCUUCGAGUCGCGCCUGCCUCGUCCGGUCGAGCACUUUAAGAAGGGCCGGGUGAGUCAGGUGUCCUGUGGGGAAAACCACACGGCUGUCGUCACAGAGGGGGGGCUGCUGUACACGUUUGGAGACGGCCGGUAUGGAAAACUGGGCCUGGGGGAGGAAAACUUCACGAACCAGUUUAAGCCCACUCUGUGUCCCCGGUUCCUGAAGUACAACGUUCGGGCAGCGGUGUGUGGGGGCUGCCACAUGGUGGUGCUGGCCCAGCCCAGAGAUCCCGGUUCCUCUGACGUGACUCUGGAGGACGACGACGUAACGGAGGACAUCUUAGAAAAAGCCUACGUAGAGCUGCUGGGGGACACGGCCGACUCCUCCACUCUGCAGCGGAGCCUCUCUGCCCGGGUUCGCCGGAGGGAGAGGGAACGAUCUCCAGACCAGUUUGGAACCAUAAUCCGCCCGCUGCCCACUACGACUCCUGGUUUCCUUCAGCCGCCUCUUCCUGUCUCCGGUCAGACCGUCCCACCCAGACUGCCUCCACCUGAGCUGAGCCACAAGAAGGUUCUGAACGGGGCCCACCAACAGGGGAGCACAGACUCCAUCCAUCAGGAGCAGACGGGGGCCGGGGCCCACAGCGUGGUGGAGAUCCUGACGGACACAGACAGCGUUAGAGGUCUGGGAGAAACCACAGACUUCCUCAACAUGACGCAUGUGAUGAAGAUGGAUCCCGGUGAUAAAACACUCACUCUGUCUCCUCUACAGAAGAGGAAGGGUAAGCACUCUAAGCCAAUCACAGAGCAGAGUCAGAAAAAGGAGAGAGAGCCCUCAGAUCGGAGGAGUUUCUCCUCCACGUCUCCGUCUCAUCAGAGCGACGCCAGGUCUGCUCGCCGGGCGCUACCCACCAAGCUCCUGAGGGGCGGCGACACUUGCUCUUCGUCCACCCAGAAGCAGAAGACGGGUCAGAACAAUGAGAAUCUCCUCUUGGCUGCGGAGCAGAGGAGGAGAGCGGAUAAAAAAAAAGCUCAGAGUGCUAAUGAAGUCAGAAAGGGAGCGUCCAGAAACCAGCUGACUGGGAAGAUCCAGAAACCAGUAGCAGACUGGAAACGACACUCAGAAACCAGACAGAAAGGUUCUGAAUCCGUUUCAGCUGGAAAACAGUCCAAACCUCUGAGAGUUAAAGGUAAACCAUCAGCUGGUUCUCUAUCAGACUCACAGAGCUUUAACCGGACCACAGAGAGCUCUCAGCCAAUCACUGAAGAGAAAAAAGCUUCCAGAUCUAAACAGAAACCAGAUUUAUCCAAAAAAUCCAAAGACGAGAGAAACAGGAAAGAAGCUGAUAGCAGGGAAGAAACUGAAGCACAGAAGAAGUCUUCAGACCUGAGUCUGCUCACUGGAGCUGCAACCCUGGCAGCAGGAGGCGCCAUUUUAGUCCAACAGAUGGCAUCCAGGAGCCGAGGCAGCUCCCCGUUUGGAUCAGAGAGCAGUCGUGGUGUUCCUCAACCAGGAAGUGAUCCAGAAGAGUCCGAGUCCCGUUCUGCUGAGGAAUUCAGCCGCAAAUCGGCUGUCAGCAUCAACGUCAUUCCUGCAGCUGAGAGUUCACAACAGAGUCAGGAGGAAGCUGAGGAGGAGAAUGGUUCUGGUGCAACUGGACAGGAAGAGGAGGAAGAGGAGGAAGGAUGGAGAACCAGCCCAGAGGCAAGCCAACGGGAGGAGGUGACGGUUAAUGAGGAGAAAACAGAUGAGGAAGAGAAAGACCGCGAGACUCUUCAAGCAGAAGACCUGUCCCAGCCUGAGGAAGAAGAUGAGGAAGGUGACAGUGCUGCUGAGGAAGAGGAGGAGGAGGAGAAAAAAAGGGGCGCCACAGAAAGCGAAAAUGAGACUGGAGAGAAAGGAAGCAAAGGAGGAGAUAUAGAGGAAGAGGAGGAGGAGGAAGGGUCAAGUCAGGAAACUCAGAGCAAAGGAGCAGGGACUGAUGAAGAGGAGGAAGGCAGUUUAAAAAGUGAGAGUGAGGAAGAGGAGGAUGGAAGUGACACUUUAAAGUCAUCAGAGAGAACAGCAGUAAGUGAGGAAGAGGAUGAGGCAGAGAGCAGUGAGGAAGAAGAACAAAGUUUUGAAGGGGAGGAAGAGGCAGAGAGCAGUGAGGAUGAGAGUGACAAGAGAGACAUGGAGGAAGAGAGUGAAACCCAAGAGGAUGAUGAGGAAGAAAGUGAAGAGGAAGAAGGUGAAAAAGAGGAAGAGAGUGAAAGUGAAGAGGAGGAAGAGAGUGAGGAAGAGGAAGAGAGUGAAAGCAAAGAGGAGGAAGAGGAAGAAAAAGAGGAGGAAGAAACAGAAGAAGAUGAAGAAAUUGAAAGCAAAGAGAAGGAAGAAGAGCAAGAGAGUGAAGAAGAAAAAGAGGAGGAGGAAGAAGGUGAAGAAGAGGAAGAGAGUGAAGAAGAAAAAGAGGAGGAAGGAAGUGAAGAAGAAGAAGAAAGUGAAGAGGAGGAGGAAGAAAGGGAACAAGAAGAAGAAGAUGAAGAAGAAGAGGAAGAAAGUGAGGAUAAAGAGGGGAAGAAAAGUCUUGAUGAGACUCAAGAUGAAGAAGGUGAUGAAGACGAGAAUGGAAGUGAGAUUGAAGAUGAAGAAGAGGGUGAAGAGGAGGAGGUUCUGAAGAAGAAACCUUCAGUAAGGAAACAACAAAGCAGCAAACCUGCGGCUAAAGUCCAGCAAAGACGAGGAGGAAGAGGUCCAUCAGCGGGUGAGGAAGAGGAGUUCUGGGAAGAUGUUUUACCUGAGUACCUCAGCCUGAAAUAACCAUCCAUCCAUCCAUCCAUCCAUCCAUCCAUCCAUCCAUCGGAACCAGAACCUGGUCUCAUUAAGAAAACCUGAAGCAGAGAUGAGCUGUUUUCAUUAAAAAACCAUCAGGAACUCAAUUCUUACACAAAAGUCUGGAUUUUAUUCAGAUUUUUACAUUUAUUAAAGAUUUAUCUGUAAAUGUUUUCAUUUUUGUUCUUUUAUAAAAGUUUGUUGCAUAGAAAGCUCUCUGGAUUUCUGGAAGAUGUUUCACACAUUCUAUUUUAUCACAAAAAACUAGAAGUCAGCCUGAGUUUAUUAUGGAACUUUAUUAUGGUUACUUCCUGGAACUUACAGGUUACGUCCAGGAACUUUGAGGUUACUUCCUACAGGUUACUUCCUGGAACUUACAGGUUACGUCCAGGAACUUUGAGGUUACUUCCUACAGGUUACUUCCUGGAACUUACAGGUUACGUCCAGGAACUUUGAGGUUACUUCCUACAGGUUACUUCCUGGAACUUACAGGUUACUUCCAGGAACUUUGAGGUUACUUCCUACAGGUUACUUCCUGGACCUUACAGGUUACUUCGUGGAAGUUACAGGUUACUUCCUGGAACUUUGAGGUUACUUCCUACAGGUUACUUCCUUGACCUUACAGGUUACUUCCUGGAAGUUACAGGUUACUUCCUGGAAGUUACAGGUUACAUUCACAGAACCUACAUGUUACUUUCACAUAACUUUUAGGGUAUUUUCUAAAACUUGCAGGCUAUAAGGAGACAAGUCACUUCACAAUGUUUCUAAAAGUAACCAAUAAGUCCUUGGAAGGUAACCUGUAAACUCUGAGAAAGUAGGAACUUUAAUUUGAAUGUUGAACUCAUUGGUUUACCAAAGAAAGCCAAAAGGGAUGUUUGACAUAAACAUGUCUGUGAUUUCUUGGUAUUUUUAUUCCUUAAUUUAAAAUCAUAUUUCACCGCUGGAUGUUUAGGUUGAGGAAUAAGUUUUGUUCAGAUAUUUUUUACAUUUCUUAUCAACUUGUUGGGAAGCUUAUAUGACUUCCAGAUGUUGUUGUUGUUGAGUUUUCUUAUUUAUUUUUAAAUAACCUUUCAUGAAAUGAUGAUUUCUUCUAAAAGAUGUUUUGGUGCAUUUGAAAUGUUACAUAAUAUUUUUAUGAGCCCAGUUUAUGACUGUAAUAUCUGAGGUUACAGAUAAUUGAGCAUUUAGUGCUGAGCUAUAGAGUCGCUCUAACUUUAUUCUCUGUGCCUUUUAUCCUGUUUCUUGUAUAACUUGUGUCUGUGUAGUUUUGCAUUUCGGUCCUGCUGUUUUUCUUUGGGUUUGUUUCCAUCUUUGUCCUUGGCUGAGUUUUUCAGUUUUCUUCAUCGGAGCUUCCGCCUUGUGUCUGGACUCAUUAAUGAACAACUUUCUGUUUCUCUCAGUUUUGUGUUUGUAAUAAAUCAAUCCGUUCUCA